AUGUCUUUGGAGUUCUGUUCGGACCAGACCCUUCAGAUAAAAUGCUCCUACAUGAUAGAAAAGUAUAAAAAGAAGCUUCAAAAGGUGAAGCAGCUUAAGAGGGAGCUCAAGGCGUCGCUCGAGAAAAAGAGGAAGGAGAUUUACAUGGACAGAUAUUUUCUCAAUAAAGAAAAAGAGCACCUGUACAGCGAACUGGCCAAAGAGAAAGAAAAAAUCGAAAUGGAACAUCUCGAAAAAACGAAGGAACUAUACAACAGCUACUUUGCAGAUAUAUUUUUGUACGAGCAGGAAUAUUAUCAGUGCAUUUAUAAAGUGUUUAAAAAUUUACUACUCAAGAAGGAAGAAAUUGACGACAAGGAAAGGCACGUUCUUAAGUUGCAAGAACACGCCCUGAUGACGCUUUCAGACAGGAACGUAAGCGAAAGGGUAAGCGAAAAGGAAAAGGCACACUCAACGGCACACUCAACCGCAGCUGUCGAAAAAAAAACUGGACGUGCUGACAGGGCCCCGAUCAACCAUCCGGAGGAAACGGAUCAUGACCAGGACGACAAACAUUUCGACAUAGACAAUUUAUGCGAUUUGAACAUUAACGAAAUUUAUCAAAGCAUCAUACUGGACCAAGGAGAGCGUCCACACAACUUAAGCAACAAAGGUGAUGAAUACUCGAAGACCAUUAUGGGGGAGAUUCAAGCGGGGAUUAACUCUCCCCCUUUCUUGGAUGAACAGUACGAAUUUGGCACUGAACAGUGUAGCAGUGUGUCUAGAAUGGAAGAAGGUGCCCAUUGGCAGGAAGAAAUAGAAAAAAGUGGCACGUGUAAGAAACACCAAUUUUGGGAGCUGAGUUCACGCGGAAAAGGGGACACCCACACGGAAGAGCUACCUAACCCACUCGAAAGAGAAAACAAUUCUGGGUAUGACGAGACGAUACAGAAAAAUGUGCUCACUUCGUGUGUAGAACUGAGGAAAACGGAUUGGCACGCGGGAGGGGGAAGAGAAGAAGAAAGUGAUGAUAAGCGUUAUGUGCAAGACGUACGUUGUAAGCUUGACGUGAUCGAAUGGGACGACGCAGCCGAGGAUGGCCACUCAGGUGGAGGAAAAAAGGAAACCCAGCGUGAAGACGACAAAGAGAGCACCCUUUCCAAAUCGGGAGGAACAGAACAAUGCGAGGAAAUGCGAGAAGAGUGCGAAGAGGGUGAAGAGUGCGAAGAGGGUGAAGAGUGCGAAGAGGGUGAAGAGGGUGAAGAGGGUGAAGAGAGCGAAGUAGAACCGGGUGGGAGCUUCCAUUUUGAUGACCAAAACGAAGAAAUAAAAUGCCUGGCAAAUGAGGAAACAUUCAAAGGAGAAGAAGAUGACCCAAACGAGUACCACCCAAACGGUAAUGAUGCAUACAUAACUAGUGAACAUUUAGAAGCUGCGGAAUGUAUGCGCGGCGAAGAAACGGGUGGACAGCGUCGACGCAGCGCCAUCGAUGUUAGUGCGCUGAGCGACGCAGUUGAAGAUGAACUACGAAAUAAGGACCUUUUUGAAAAGAGAGAGGUAGCAAAUCGGAAAAAGGAUAAUGCGGAACUGGACCAAGUGAUAGAAAAUAACAUCAACUUUAAUAUAUCGAGCUACUUUAGUGGAAGCUACGACGACAUCGGUGAUUGUGAGCUGUUGGGGAGGAUCGACGAAGAGGCGGUUGCACUGAACGAUGAAGAGGCGGUCGCAUUGAACGAUGAAGAAGCGGUCGCACUGGACGAUGAAGAAGCGGUUGCACUGAACGAUGAAGAAGCGGUUGCACUGAACGAUGAAGAAGCGGUUGCACUGAACGAUGAUGGCGCAGAUGGUGCUGACGAUGAAGAUGGCCUUUAUGAUGGGGAUGACGAACCGGAAUAUGACAUGAUCAAAGAGCGCGACUCGAGUGUGGAUCCGGAAGAGCUGGGGGACUCCUCCCAGAAGAACCACGGCAAAAAAGGGGACACGCAAAAUGGGGAAAUCUGCACAGUAGGGGAUCCCACCAAGCAAACGAAUCCGAACAGACAAAUCGACCUCGAAUUGCACGCGAACCAAAGCAGUGCCAUAAAAAACGAAGAAGACCCCUCCCAAGGAAAGAACAACCCCUUCAACGAGCACAUUAACAACUUCUACCAUGAAUAUGAACACAUGAGAAGGUUCAAUGAAGAUAACCACAAAAUUCAGUCAUCCCUUUUUAAGACGCUGUAUAGUUACCACAACGAGUAUUCCAUUCCUAUAGAGAAAAUGCAAACGUUUGAGAAUUACGCGGAGGAGAUUGGCCAGCUGGAGAAUUAUGAGCAUAUCUUGAGCUUCAUCAACGGAGGGGGUGAGGAGCAGGCUGGCGCGGAUUGUGAUGAUGACCUGAAUGGCAGCUCUCACGUUAUAACGAAGAAACCAGCGGACAAUAAAGUGAACUCCUCCAAUUUGGGCCUACACACAGUUAAAGAACUGAUAAAUUACGUGAGUGCAAGCGCCAAGGGGAAGGAGAAUGAGAAAAGCGGCUUCAAAAAAAAAGAAGCAGAGAGAAUGAAAACGGCGCUUCAAUAG